AGGCAAGAUCAUAGUUCCCGAAGGCAAGAUGUGGUCCUCAUUGAUGGAAACCGUCAAAAAGAACCCUUUCGGCUCUCCUUUCAUCACAGCUGACUGCCAGGCUCAGCGCGAGGAUGGCCAAGCCCUUGUCAAAGGCCGAUAUAUCGCCGCCGCCAACGCGGCAGAAGGCGACAGCUGCGAAUUUGGCUCCAACCAAUACUUCGCGCUAUGCGGGCUUGGAGGCAUCUUGUCCUGCGGUCUUACCCACACUAUGGUUACCCCCCUUGAUCUGGUCAAGUGCCGUAUUCAAGUAGACCCUGCAAAAUACAAGUCCGUCUUCAAUGGAUUCAAGGUAUCUCUGCAAGAGGGUGGCGUCAGAGCCCUGGGAAAAGGAUGGGCUCCGACUUUCUUCGGAUAUUCCAUGCAAGGAAUGUUCAAGUUCGGUCUCUACGAAGUCUUCAAAGUUUACUAUUCGAAUCUAAUCGGAGAUGAACUUUCCUAUGAAUACAGAACAACACUAUACCUCAUAUCAUCCGCAUCUGCAGAAUUCUUUGCUGACAUUGCUCUGGCUCCUAUGGAGGCUGCCAAGGUCAGGAUUCAAACUAUGCCUGGAUACGCAAAUACUCUGCGCGAAGCGCUGCCUAAGAUGCACGCCGACGAAGGUCUUGGAGGCUUCUACAAGGGUUUGGUGCCACUUUGGCUCCGCCAGAUCCCCUACACCAUGAUGAAGUUUGCCUGCUUCGAACGUACCGUCGAAUUACUGUACAAGCACGUCGUGCCCAAGCCGCGUGUGGACUGCACCAAGGGUGAACAGCUCGUCGUAACCUUCGCUGCUGGUUACAUUGCCGGUGUCUUCUGUGCCGUUGUAUCUCACCCCGCUGACUCGGUUGUGUCCAAGUUGAACCAAGAGAAAGGAGCCACAGCUGUUGACGUUGUGAAGAAACUUGGUUGGGGCGGAUUAUGGAAAGGAUUGGCACCCAGGAUUGUCAUGAUCGGUACUUUGACGGCUGCCCAGUGGUUUAUCUACGACGCAGUCAAGGUAUGGCUGCGCAUGCCACGUCCACCACCACCAGAGAUGCCAGAGUCGCUGAAGAAGAAGUAUGGCGUCGCUUAAGUGUCAAACGAACAAAGUAAGACAAAGAAGA